AUGCCUUCAGAUCCACUUACCUACACUUGUACCUGCAAUCAGCCAGGUCUUGUGCUUCUCUUUUAUCGCUACUUUACUUCAUCACCCCAACUCCCUUCACCACAUUAUCCACUCACACCUUCUACUCUCAAAGACUUGCACACCUUUCAGAAGUCAACAUGUGAAGCUCUGAGUCUUACUGGCAAAAUUCGAGUUGCGAGGGAAGGCUUCAAUAUCACUGUUGCCGGCACGACGUCGGACAUACAUUCGUACAUCGAAUCUUGUAUAUCUCAUUGGUCAUUCGCUGGGUUAGAUCUAUUUUUAAACAAUGAGAAGGGAAUCAAGGAGUUCUUCAAACCUACAAAAGGCUGUGCAUGUGUUUUCAAGAAUUUGAAUACCCGCAUUGCGGAUGAAAUCACGCCGUUAGGAAUCACAAACUAUGAGCCUAAAAAUUGGAACGCGGUUUCUUAUCUCAGUCCUGCGGAGUUUCAUGCUAUGGUUACAACCACGGCAGAUGACGAAGGGAAAAGAAUAUUACUGGAUAUACGAAAUCAUUACGAAUCGCGGAUUGGUUAUUUUGAGGCACCGGAGAAAUCGAGUAUCCAGACUGUGAAGCCACAGGUUAGGAGAUUUUCGCAGUUUCCAGCGUUUGUGAAGAAACACAUUGAUUUCACCUCUCGUUCUUCACCCGAGAGCGAAAAGGAGCAGGUCAGUGCCGGCAGAACGAUUUUCUCGUACUGUACAGGUGGUAUUCGCUGUGAAAAGGCUACAAGGUGGAUUGCUGAGAAUGUAGAUCAAGCCCCGCAAGAUAGAAUCUACACCUUGAAGGGAGGCAUAUCGGCUUAUAUGGCAUGGUUUGAGGAAGAGAUGAUCGCUGGGAAGAAGAAAGAAGAUGAGUGUUUAUGGAAGGGAAGGGAAUAUGUUUUUGAUGGAAGAGGAUCAUUGGGCUUAGGUAAUGAGAAUGAAAGGAAGAAAGUAGCAAAGUGUCAUGGCUGCGAGAGGGAGGAAGACAGAAUGGGAAAAUGUGGUAUUGAAGGGUGUGAGUUGGUGUUAGUGAUUUGCGAGGCCUGUGAAGGUGUCAAGUGCUGUAAUACUUGUGGAGAUGAAGACGAAAAGGGGAGAAGAAAUGUGUGUGAUUGUGAAAGGCAAAGAGAAUUUGAGCUCUGGGGAAGUGAGGGUAUGAAAGGUGUGAAAGGCGUUUCAGCAAAGCAGAAGAAAUCACAUGAAAGAGGGGAGAGGCAGAUUCGAAAUGACAACAUAGAUAUCAGAGUUAGAAUAUUAGAGUAA